AUGCAGGGAAAGAUCCAGUACUUGGUGUUAACGGAUCCAAAUAGGAUUUGGAAACCCGACCUCUUCUUCUCCAACGAGAAGAAGGGCCACUUUCACGAGAUAAUUAUGCCAAACGUUUUGCUCCACGGCUAUACGACCGACGACUUGGUAUUUAUGUGGAAAGAGGGCGAUCCGGUACAAGUGACCAAGAGUCUCAAUUUGCCACGAUUUACGCUACAAAAAUAUCUCACCAAAUACUGC